AUGGCGGGACGAGACCCUCGGCAGCUGCACCGGCUUCCUGUACUGACCAACACAACGGCGCUGGAGGACCGUAUCGGCCUCCAGCACCGUGAGAUCCAGGCCCUCCUCGUAGACAAUCAACGGCUAGCAGCCACCCACGUGGCGCUGAAGCAGGACCUGGCAGCGGCUCAGCACGACCUCCGCCGUCUGUCGGUGGUCGCCGGUCAAGCCAAAGCCGAGAGGGACGCCGAGGUGCGCGAGGUCUACGAGAGGUCGUUGAAGCUGGACGCCGAGGUUCGCACCAUCGACUCCAUGGGCGCCGAGCUGGCUCGGACUCGCGCCGAUAUUCAGGAGCUCGGCUCCGAGCGCAAGGAGCUGGUAGCCGAGUUGCAAUCGAUUGAAGGAGAGGUUGCGAAAACUCGGUCCGAGUCGAAGCGAGUGGUAGACAUUAAAGCCGAUAUUGAGACCUUCCAGCAGGAGAUUAAAAAAGGAAGGGUUGCAAUUGAGAAUGAAACGAAAACCAGAGCUAAAAACCUUGAGUACCGGCAGGGAAUGGAGAAAACCAUGGCUGGCUUGGUUCGUGAGAUUGAAAAACUUCAUGGGGAGUUGGCCAAUGCAGAGAAGAGAGCAAGGGCAGCAGUAGCAGCUGCUGCUGGAGCAAACCCAGCAACCUAUGGCGACCCCGAAAUGGUAUAUGGAGGAAACGCAUACCCCGACCCCUAUGGCAUGCUGCAUCAGGCCCGGGGUGGUGCUGAUGCUGCCACUCCUUAUGGUUCUGUACCAAUGUCACAUGCUUCUUAUGGCAUGCAACCAAGGCACGAUAUGGGAUGA